CCGCGUCCCAGCACACAUGCAAUACAAUGAGGCAGUGUGUCCGCCACGGAGAAGACAAAGCUGCAGGAUGCGUCGAGGAGACGGGAAUUUGUGCAGGACCAGGGACGUUUUAAUCGACUGCACUGCUGAAGCAUGAAUCUGUAGUCUCUACAUACAACCAAAACAAGGACUAGACUCUCGAGCUCCAGUUCCAAAACCAGGACUCAAGAAUGAGGACUAAGUAUGCAGUCAUCUUCAUCUGCAUUGUGGCCCUGGUCAUCAUCGAAAAAGAAAGCAAUAUCAUAUCAAGGGUCUCGGAUAAGCUGAUCCAAAGGCAGAUACCACAACAAACUCCAAAGACUCCUCAGAAUGACAACAAUACAGCAUCCAAAGAUUAUGUGGAUGUUCUAAAAGUGCUGCUUGGCCAACAACCCGCUACAAAAAACAACCAAGCAAACCUCCUAGAAAAGAAAGAAGUGGAUGAAACGGGCGAAAUAAAUGUAAAAGGAAGCAGCAGUGGUCGCAAGCAUGUGUUGCUCAUGGCUAGCACACGGACAGGAUCAUCGUUCGUGGGGGAGUUUUUCAAUCAACAGGGAGAGACAAUGUUUUAUUUGUUUGAACCUCUGUGGCAUGUUGAGCGCCUGUUGGCCACAGAAGCAGAGGUGAACAAUUCAACGGCUUUGCCAGGAAUCUAUGGGGACAUCCUUCAGGCGCUGUUCCUCUGUAAUUUCUCUCCCCUUGAAAAGUUUAUCUCUCCAUCACCGCAGAACCACAUCACCCCUAAUCUUUUCCGCAGAGAGUCAAGUUUAGCUCUCUGUGAAGAACCUGUUUGUACUCCUGCACUCAAAGAUGUUUUUGAGAGGUAUCACUGCAAGAUUCGCCAGUGUGGACCACUGAACUUGACUCUUGCAUCUGAGUCCUGCCUCUCCAAACAACACCAUGCCAUCAAGGCGGUCCGUGUGCGACAGCUGGACACACUGCAGCCCUUGGUGGAGGACCCCCACCUGAACGUCGCCGUUAUCCAGCUGGUUCGAGAUCCACGAGCCAUCUUAGUUUCACGCAUGGUGGCCUUUCCCUCAAAAUACCAGACAUGGAAAGCCUGGGCACAGGAUGGACAGGUGCCUGAAGACGACGACGAGGUGAAGAGGCUAAAAGGAAACUGUGACCAAGUUAGGAUAUCUGCAGAAUUGGGACUCAGCAAGCCCCAAUGGCUAAAGGGGCGCUACAUGUUGGUGCGUUAUGAGGAUAUUGCUCGGUACCCGAUGCAGAAGGCCGAGGAGAUGUACAAGUUUACAGGGAUACCUUUCAGCUCCCGAGCAAGGGAGUGGAUCCUCAGGAACACACAGACUACAGAGGGAGCCAGUGGAAUAUAUUCCACACAGAAGAACUCUUCAGAGCAGGCGGACAAAUGGAGGACUAGCAUUCCCUUUACGCUGGUUCAGGUUGUACAGAAGGUGUGCGGUCCUACUAUGAAGCUGUUUGGGUACAGAUUUGUGGAUGAUGAAAAGACACUGAGUAAUAAGUCUGUCAGUUUGCUUGAGGAUAAACAAUUUUCAUAAUAAAGUGGAGUUUCUACAAAGACUGAGGCAUGGAAUGAGGUAGGGUGCAUCCUGCACAGCCUGGCAGGUCAUCGCAGGAAAACAGAGACAAACAAUAUCAUUCACAGAAACACUCAUACCUGAAAGGCAAUUUUUGAGACCAAACAACUUAGCAUGCAUGGCUUUGUCCUCUGAGAGGAAACCAGGGAGAAUCUGUGUAUUCACAAGAAAAAUAUUCAAGCUACAUGUAGAAAGACCCUGGUCAGGAUUGAAGAAAUGUCGCAUAAAAAAAAAAAUAGUACGUAUAACAAAUACAUACAUAUAAACCAAAGCAACAAGCACCAUGUUAACCAUGUGCCUAACCUUACCAACAGAUAGCCUCUCUUUAAAGGAAAUACCUCAUAUGCACACUGCGAUUCGAGUUUAUCUAACUGGCAUCUCAGUUUGAUAAACUGGCACUUUCUGCCAUUGUAUUUUUUUAGUCAAAUAUCUGAUAAGUCAGAAUUUUUCAGUGAUCACUGUAUGAGAUUUAUGGUUUUAAUUUAAGAUUAUAGCAUUUUCAGAGAUAAACUAAAGUGUGAUAUUAAUAUUAGAACAGCCUCUGCAGUACACUGUAAAAAAAGGAAAAAAAAAUCUAAUUUACAGUAAAAUACUGAUAACUGUGGCCGGGAAUACCAAUCUAAGUCAGUUAAGAGUAUCAACUGCCAAUAAAGGGCCCCAGUCUGAAAUAUCAUUACUUUUGAUAAAAUCAGUGUAAAUGACUGACAACUCCCCUUUCAAAGUGAAUUAAAACAAUCCAUUGAAUCCAUUCUGUCUCACUUAACUCAUGUACCAUAAAUUUUCUGGACACUACAGCAACCUGAACAAAGGGUUAAAUGGGAAAAUUGCUUCAAUGUUUUGAUAUAGUUUUAUCUAAUAGCUUUUAUCUUGUGUUAUUAAAAAUUUAAUAUAAUUCAAACCAUUGCUUCUGAUGACAAGGUUUUUAUGUUGAGAUCCUUUCUGUAGUAAUAAGAUUAUCUUAACAUGAUUCCUCUGUUUUUAUUGUAUGUCUUGAGGAUAAUUUUGCCCAUUGCAUAAUUUUGUGCAGUUCCAAUGAACUACGUUUUAUUUGAAAUUAAAAAUACAAACUGAUAUGCUUCAUAAACAUGGCUCAUACAGACAGUUAC